GUGCACACACACAGACAAAGCAGGAGGAAGGUGAGUCCAACCCCCAGCAGCAGGGCCAUCCUUCUGCUGCUGGAUUUUUCCAGCCGAAGCAUCUUACCGUCUCUGCUGCAAUUUAUGGAAAUUGAUUUCUGACGUGGGGCUUUUUCUGCUACAGCAGGGACCCACCGGGUGGAGGAGGCAGAGCUGCAGUCAGGGCAGGAGAAGGGAGGGAGGAAAGGAGCUUGGCACAGGGGGAAAGCCAGAAAGAGAGAAGGGCGCCGAGGUACUACAGUGAUGGGGCAGUUAUAGCUGAGACAGAUGAGAGAAGGAGCAAGGGAGAGCAGAGAUCCCGAGUGAGUCACAGGAGGGCAGACAGGCACAGAGAGGGAGCCCAGAGCCCUCUGCUAUCCCAAGAAAGACCUGCCCAGCUGGACUCUUCACCAUGAGCACGAGGGAGACCUGCGCCCAGGAAGUGGGGCCAGGGGAUGGGGAGGAAAAGCGGAGCGAAGGCACUCAGAAUCCGGACAGGAGGCAGCGCGAAGUGGAGCUGCGGGAUAAAGCCAUCCUGCAACAGAAGAGGCGCCUGAAACAGGCCACCCAGUUUGUGCACAAGGAUUCUGCUGACCUGCUGCCCCUGGAUGGCUUGAAGAGGCUGGGCACCUCCAAGGAUCUGCAGCCACACAGUGUGGUACAACGGCGCCUCCUGGAGGGGAAUCUGAACAAGCUGCGGGGGGAGAGCAGGGAAUAUACCACAUGGGUUCAAUCCCCACUGGUGAAGGACAAGGAUGACAGGGCAGAAAAGAAAGAGAACGACAGAAGGAAAGAGACUGUGUCCCUGCUCAUACACUGCAAGUGCCAAGGUCAGGUAUUGAGAGCUGCUGUUAACACUGGCUGCCAGCAAAACCUCAUCUCCAUGAGCUGUCUGAAACGGCUGGGGCUGGAGGAAGUGUCCGAUGCUGGCAAUGGGGAUCUUUCCCUUCCUGUCCCUAGUGUCAUUGGCCAGGUGGAGUGUGUGGAGGUGCAGCUUGGCCAGGAGACGGUGGUGUGCUCAGCGCUGGUUGUGGAUGAUGAAAUGCUGGAGUUCUGUUUCGGCCUCCAGACUCUGCUGACUCUCAAGUGCUGCAUCGACUUGGAGGAAGGAGUCCUGCGGCUGAAAGCCCUGAGUGAAGAGCUGCCUUUCUUACAUGCCUCUGACGAGCAUGGGCAGUGAUGGGCCGGCUCCCCAUGUCCACAGGGAGGAGACUCUAUGGCUUACCAGGGAAAGCUGCAGCUGGGGCUGACACACCUGGCCCUUGCUGAGUCCUGCGCUGAGGCUUCCAUGGGGGAGUGAGGAGGUAAACGGGAGCCAGGUGCUGUCCCGCUGUUGAUGCAAGCUGGCCUCUUGUAUGGAGAGUUCUUCCUCCCUGCAAUGGACCCUCCUGCUUGUCCCCAUGUGCUGAGUGGAUAUUUGUUCUCAUUUCUCUCUGUGUCCCCGUUCUCUCUCUGGUCUCUGCUUCUGCCCUUUUAGUGACUUCUUUUUACACUGCCAUGUAUUGAUAACAUAGGAAGUGUCACUGCGAGCAGUCUCCAGGGGUUCUGCCUGCAGAGAGAUGGUGGCUUCUUCUAAAGCCUCUGAAGAUUGUUUUAAAAGUUUCCCUUCCCUUUUGGCCGCAGAUCUACCUGGACAGGAGGGGCCCCUCUUUCCCAUGCUGCAUGGGAAGGGCCCUGUGGCCAAUCCUCCCUGUCCUCUGGAGAGCUGGAUUUCAUUACCCUGCACUGGCUCAGAGCAGACUGGAAGGAUUUUACUGGAAGCAGCUUAAAUUGCAGUCACUGCAUUUUGAGAGUUUUCAUUCAAAGCAGGAAGACUUCUAGGAAAUGCUGAGCUGAAACACCCUGGGAGCGUUGAGCAUACAUAGGCGCCAGGCCUGGCCAGCCAGCAUUAGCUACUAGACUCUGUAUUGUAUGAGCUCAAGUGCUAGUCUCUCCCCCUGUUAACCGUAGUAACUGGGCUGACACCCCUGCCAGCCAUGAGCUCCCGUCACCAGAUUUACACACCCAUCAACUCUGCUUCUUCACUCUGAGCUCCAGGGAUUCAACUUAGAUACCACAUGAACUCCAGGCCUACACCUGCCAUCAGCUCUCCUCCUGGUCCCUGGCGAUUCAACACAGAGACACCAUCAACUUCAACCACUGGACUUCCACACCCCAUUGACUACGUCUCCUGCAUGAAAGCAAAGAACCUGACUCAUUCCCAGUAUUGGCUCAGGUCACAGAGUUACGAACUCAUCUGGGAUGGACAGGACCUCUGGUGGGUCACUUAGUCAUUUCUUCUUCAUACAGGCAGGCCUGAUUUCAUUACCCUAAAAGCAUCGCUGAUAGAUGAGUAUGUAGUCUCAAGGGACAGACACACCGCCACCAUUCUGGGCAGCUUGCGCCAUUCCCAAAUGGGUGUAUUGGUUAAUUUUUGUUUCUAAUCUUUGACUAAAAUUUUCUAUUCUACCAUUUGUGCCCAGUUACAUCUUUUCUCCUCAGCGACUAAUGAGAAUAACUGAUGCCAGCCCUCUUCAUAACAUCCCUUCAUCCACUUGUAGAUGGUUCUGACGUCCCCGCUCUGCCAUCUUCUUCCUGGACCUAAUUGGGUCUCUUUGUGGGUCUCACUUGUGAAACAUUUUAUUAUUUCUCCUGUGCUCAUUUGAGCUCUCCGGUUUAUCUGUCUUUUUUUUUUGGUAAAAGGAUUGCCCUAAACUGGAUGCAGGACUCUGAGGCUUAACCAGUGCUAAGAAGAGUGGAAUAAUUACCCUGCUAAUUUUAUAUAUAAUACUCCUGUCAAUGCGACUCAGAAUGGCACAUGCCCCUCUUAAUAGCAGUGUUGGACCAUUGACUCUUAUUCAGUUCAUCACCCAUUAUAUCCUGCAGCUCUUUUUCUGUAGCAUGGCUGCCUCGUUCAUUGUUUUGCAAUUGUGCAUCUGAUGAUUCCUUCCUAUGUGAAGCACUCUACAUAUCUUUCCUGAAUAAUACCAAUGAUUUAAAGGCCUCGUCUCAUAUGUGUCAUGAUUGUCCUGUAUUAUGAUCCUAUCCCUCUGCAGUCCCUCCUGGAUCUGUAUUGUUUGUGCAAUCUUUAAUGACAAUAUUGACUGGGAUUGGAACCUCCUUCAAAUUUGACAUUGACUCUUGAAUGAAUACAAUUUGUUAAAUGUUAUUCAUUUUUAUAUCCCAUCCUGUAGCAACUCAUCUAGUCCAUAAUUCUUGAGUUUCACUCAAAGGAUGGCUUGUGGAAAUGUAUCAAAUAACCUGUUGAAAGCAAUAGCUAUUAUGUCCACUGCAUUUCCUUUAUCCAUUAAGUUUAUUUCAUCAAACAAACAAACAAAACCUAAGAGCCCUCUCUAGCUCAGACUGAAGUCAAUGGGAAGAUUUGCACUGAUUUUAAUGGGAGAAGGAUUGGUUCUGAUGGUAAAUUGGCAUCAUUUUUCUUUGACAAAUUUACUUUGCCUAUUAUUUAUCACUUAUUUUUGUGUAGGUGCUCAGUAGUUGGCUGCUCUAUUAGCUGUUGGAGCAAUAUGCCAAGUAUUGCAGUUAAAUUUACUCAUCUGUAAGCCCUGGGAAUCCCCCUCCUUUGCUCUCCUUCAGAGCAUCCUUUGCUCCUUCUCUACCCUUCCACAGGCUUCACAUUUCUUCAGUUCUCAAAUACAAUCAUCAAAGGUUCGGAAACUUCUGCUAAUUCCGAUUGCUUGGUGGGGUGAAUUUCACCAGGCCCUAUGGCUGUGAAUACAUUUAGGUUAUUUGGCUAGUCUGUAAUCUCUUCCUCUCCAUAAUGAACCAUGUCAGCUGCUGCCUUUGUUUGUUUGUUCUCCCCCCGCCAUCGGUAAGUAGCAGACCUGCCCUUUUCUGUCGUCCUCUUGCUUCCCACAUAAAUAUUAUAAUGAUGGUUUCUUGUUUCCUUUGCUAGUAUUCCCUGAUUUUGUGCCUUUGCCUUUCUGCUCUCUCCUCUCCUCCUCCCUUAGGAAUCAUACAUGUUCACGUGCUUGCAUGCAAUCUCCGUGUCAAUUGUGUUGAGGGUGAUUCUGCUUGAUUCCUACAUCAGUGGUGGGGAACUCUAAUCCCCAAUUUGGAAUCAGCUCCAUGGCCGCAGAUGUGCUCUUCCACUCUCCUCCCAACUGAAUCAGUCGAAUGUCUGGUACUUCCUCCAGGUUACUCAGUACUCUGCCCUCUGGCAUUUACCUUCUCCCUGAACAUUGUGGACCCUUUUGUAGAUAACUACUGCAGCAUUUCCCCCCAGCACUGUCUGGAUUGCCAAACCCUGACCCAGCCCCAACUCAUAAAGGGCAGCAGUAAUACAAGCAGUGAGAGCUGCAGGCCUGAAUGCAAUGGGUUGGGAUCCCUUCUGCCACUUCCUUGGCUCCCCACCUUCAUUGGGAACGGAAUCAUGAUGUGACCCGAGCUCUCAAUGCCUCCUUUCCUUUGCAUCAGAAAUGGAACCUCUGCCCUUCUCCCCUGCUGGGCUCCACCCUCCCAUGACAGCAUCAAAUGAGGCAGCGUUGCCAACUUUCACCAUUUCAUCAUACAUUUUGCACUGUUGGUGUUCUUCUUAAAGCCCCAGCCCCUGGAGUCAUUUGAUGACAUGAGAACCUCAGCUUGAUUUUUUUUUAAAAAGUCAGUUUCAUGGUGCAGUAACUCAAAAACUAAAGUCUCAAAAACCAGGUGACAAAGAAGCCCAAAUAGAUUAAUUGUAAAAUCUCAUGAUUUUUAAGCCAAUCCCAUAAUUUUCAGGGGCCUGACGCAUGAUGUUCGACCCCUUAGGGUUGGCAAUGCUGAUGAUGGCUUAAUACUAGUUUAACUCUGGAAAAGGCUCAAGUACAUUUACAAAUGUUUUUUCUCCUAGAGCCAUUGCCAGUGCUUAGUCAUCCCUGUUUUCCUGAAAGGCACCAAAGACUAAAGACCUCUGUCACUGGACAGGAAAACAGAUCAAGAAUUAAUAUUUGAAGCAGGAUUUUACUAUGAACUAUAAAUACAUUAAGGGGGUAACUACCAGGGAGAGUGAAGAGCUAUUUAAGCUAAAGGACAAUGCUAGCACAAGAACAAAUUGAUAUAAACUGGCCAUGAACAAAUUCUGGCUGGAAAUGAGAAGAAGGUUUCUACCCAUCAGAGGGGUGAGAUUCUGGAACAGCCUGCCAAUUGGAGUUGUGGGGGGAAACAAAUGCAUUAGUUUCAAGAGAGAGCUGGAUGAAUUUAUGAGUGUGAUUGUAUGGUGGGGGUGCUUGUGAUGGGGGGGGGGGCACAGCUAAGCAGCCCUGGGGCUCACUUCUGAUUUAUGUCCUGUGUUCCUAAAGCUUGGGCUUCAUGGCUUCAGCCAACCACUUAAAGGGGUCAGGAAGGGAUCUCCCCGCCCCCCCAAUGUAUUCUGGGAGGUUUUUUAUCUCUGUCCUCUGAAACAUCAGGGAUGGCCAUGGCUGGCGAUGGGACACUGGGCAGGGUGGGCCAGGGGCUCUGAGGUGGCACCGAACAUUCUCUCUCUCAGGGGCUGGGCUGGCUGGGUCUUGCUCACAUGCUCAGGAUCUAACGGAUUCCCCCAGGUCAGAUUGGCAGGUAGCUUGGGGGGAACAGGGGGAUUUGCCUUCCUCUGCAGCGUGUGGGUGCAGGUUGCUUGCCAAGAUUAUGUGGGUAUAUCUCACUUACUCAUUUCCCUGCCAUUGCAGGAGGCUUGGGCACUGGUGCACUUGGUCCCUUCUUUUCUCUGCCUGUGGCACAUUAUAGUCUAGUCUCCUGUGGGCUGUAAUAUUUUGGUCUCAUUUCAGUUGAUGGGUUUAGUGUGCGGGUGCUGGUGGCCUGUGAGCAGGUCAGACUAGACUCAGCAAUUAUUUUUUGUCUAGGUCCAAAUUUCUUGGUCAAGGCAUAGUCAAGGUCCAGACUCCAGAGAAAAUAAUAAUAAAUAAUAAUAAAAAGAUUUUGGGGUCUGUUCAAAAGCACCUGGCAGUCUGGACUUGGCCCACGGUCCACCUAUUGACUAGAUGAUCUAGUGGUCCCUUCCAGCCUUAAACUCUACGAUCCCAGCCAUCAUUCAGGGGUGCGCAAGAGGAUCCUUGGGGGUGCGCGGCAGGAGCGCUUUUUUUUAAAAUUUGCUUCGUCAGUUUGGGCGGGAGUCCGAGCGGCUUUUUUUUUUUGCUUUGGCAAAAAUGGUAGAGCCGACGCGGCAGGGGGUGCAUGCUCAAAAUUUUUUUACUGAUAGGGGUGCGCGAUCAAAAAAGUUUGGAGACCACUGAGCUACAGCAUCUCUAAAUGCCAGACGUUUGGUUAUGCACAUGUGUACCAAAGGGGGUGCUGUUUAACCCCCUGUUGCUCAAGGAGCUAGGGAACUCUCAGCUGUAUGCACAGACUUGCAGCCUCGAUGGUGUUCAGCUGGGAAGCAUCUAGAAGUAUUAAAGGGCAAUUGGACUCUGAACACUGUUAAAAGCAGCAUCAUGGGCAUCCAUGUUGAUCAUCUGUCAGGAAAAAAAAAUCUUUUUGUUUGUAAACUGAGCACCCUGAACUGGGGUCGGUAAGGUCCAGAUCCUAACUUCUGUUGGUUUCAGUGUAAGCUAGGAGCCUAUAUUCCUUCAGCGAUCUGGGCCUAAGUGCCAGCCCUGCAAACUGCCCUGGGAUCUGAGUCAAGCUUGGCUUGUUCUUUCUCCUCUGUCAUCACUUGUGAUAAAGAUUCUGCCCUAGUGCCAUCAGUGGAUUUGCACAGCUGUAACUGAUCAUAACUUAGCAAGGCAGGAAUAGAAUCCAGCUCUCUCUCUCAGCUGUGCUGGCUCUGCAGGGUGAACAGGGGCCAAAAAGCGCUACGAGCAGCAAACAUGACUCGAACGUACCCUGGGAAGAAGGGGCCAUGGUCAGUCACUUUUCAUUGUAGAGCCACACUUUAAUGGCAGUUAUGGCAGUUAGACUCAUGUGGGGCUGCCACCAUCGAUUGCUGGGUUGGGACAUGAAGAGGGGGAAGGCGUCACUUGGCAUGAAGGCAAUAUAAAGACUGAUCUGGUCCUCUAAGCAGGAGACAAUGCUCCUGUUUCGUGCAAGGUGUUCUUAUCCUCGCCCAUCCUCCUGCGCCCGUAAUGGGAGCAGGAGAAAGAAGGGAGUAAACAGGAGCGUCCACUGGCAUUGAGUGCUAGGAACAAUCUAGAGUUGGUUGAAAAAAUGGAAAAACAAUUUCACCCCCCAAAAAAUUCUGAUAUUUUUGUUCAUCAGUUUUUAAGUUUUUCCUUCUCUGCCCUGUAUCUCUCUUCUCCCCCCCUUUUUUUUGGGGGGGGGGGGAAUUGAUUGUUGAAAAUGACCGAAAAGACAAAGAGAGAGGGUAAAAGGGGAAAAAACUGAUAAAAACAUCAAAAGAAAUGGAAAACAGAUAAACUGUGAAAUAGACAAUUUUGCAUGAAAAUUUUAGAUUGGGGCCAUUUUGGGGUGAAAACUUUUUUUGCUUAAGAAGUAGACCACCAGCUUUAGAGCGCUGUGUUUGUAAAUGAGGCCCUCCCUGUCUCUUGGACAACGCAGUCCUCAGCAGCAGGUCCUCAAGUGCUUGUACCCAUGUGACCUCUCUACCAAGCACAUCAGUGGGAGAGGGGGUUACAGGUCAGAGCGUCAUGCUGAGUGGCUCGCACUUGCCCUUGUUCAGAUUUCAUUUGGGUACAUGUUGCCCAGUCUGGUUGGAAGCAGGUCCCCAUCAAAGGGUCAUAUCUCUGCAUGAGCCCCUCUCUGCCUUACUCAGUUUCCUGUCCCACAGCAGCUACACUUGGCUCUCUUCCUUGGCAACAGUUUGACCUGCGUGGCAGGGUCUUGUUUUGUAUGAACAUGCUGCAUCCAUGGUAUCAAUGCAGUCAUUUGUGCUCCCUUGUCUCCUGUGUUGUUAAUAAAGAUUUCUGCUUCAAGUGGGCAGCCAGAA